AUGUUAAGGCUUCUAAUCCUUCUUGUCUUGGUUUAUCAAUUAUCAAUUCUAUUUGUGGAAUGCCACAACUUUUCAUUUCCUUCAUUUGAUGUUGGAAGUUACAGCAAUUUAACUUGCUGGGGAUCAGUCACUGCAGCCAAUGGAACACUUAAUCUCACACCUGAUCAGCCACAGAACAAUUCCAACAAAGUUGGAAGAGUCUUGUUCAGUCACUCAAUACCUGUGUGGCCUGCUUCUUUUUCCACCAUAUUCACUAUAAGGAUUUCGACACAUCAAUUGAUUACUGGUGAUGGAAUGGCGUUCCUCAUAGCACAAGACGAUAAGCCCUCCCCACCGGAUAGUUAUGGCUCGUUUAUUGGAAUUCUUGAUCCGUCAACUCAAGGAGGCACACUUGAUCAGCUUGCUGUGGAGUUUGAUACCUAUAGAAACGAACACGAAAUUGAUGGAAACCAUGUUGCUGUUGUAACUACAAGUAUGGAGAGUCCAGUUGCAGUUAAAAGUUUAAAUGAUGUUGGAAUUGAUCUAAGGAGUGGAAGAAAUAUUACAAUAAAGAUUGAUUAUGAUGGAUGGCCUAAAGUUCUUGAAAUAUCUGUAGCAUAUGCAGGGCAACCUCUAGUGAACUUUUUAAGACAAGAAAUAAUCAUGCAAGAAACAGUUCCGCGAAAUGCUUAUGUUGGAUUUUCAGCUUCCACUGCCUAUUUCUCAGAGGUACAUCAUGUUCUUAACUGGAAUUUCACAUUAUUUGAAUUGCCAGAAGGAUCUCUCAAGUAUGGCGCUGAUCCAGACAAGGAAGAUAUUGCUCUGCUGGUUGCUACUCCUAUUGCGAUUGUCUCAUUGGUUGUGGUUGUAUCAUUUCUCAUUACAGCUCGUAAGGAUAGAAAAGAAAGAUUUCAGAUUAAAGAGGACAUUGAAAUGCUAACAAGAACUGCAGCUAGUGGUCCACAGGUUUUUACUUACCAGAAACUCUCCAAGGCUACUAAAGGCUUCAGCAAAGAUAACUUAUUGGGAACUGGAGGCUUUGGAAGUGUUUACAAGGGGGUGUUUUAUGAUUCUCCUACAACUGUAGCGGUUAAACAAAUCAAUGCGACAUCUAAGCAAGGUGAGAAGGAGUACUUGGCUGAAAUAUGUACAAUUGGGCGCCUAAAGCACAAAAACUUGUUGCAGCUACUAGGCUGGUGCCAUGACGGAGAGAAACUCCUGUUAGUGUAUGAGUACAUGCCUAAUGGAAGCCUUGAUAAAUACAUCGGCAAGAUAUUUCUUGAUUGGGACACCAGAUUCAAGAUUCUAUCAGGACUAGCAUCAUCACUAGUGUAUCUUCAUGAAGAAUGUGGGAAUCCUAUUGUACAUCGAGACAUUAAGCCAAACAAUGUGAUGCUAGACACUGAGUAUAAUGCUCACUUGGGUGAUUUUGGGCUAGCAAGAUUACUCCAAAAUGAGAACUUUGUUACAACAAUGGUGGCUGGCACUCCAGGAUACUUAGCACCAGAAGUUUGCUACACAGGGAGGACUACCCCAGAGUCUGAUGUCUAUAGUUUUGGAAUGGUUGUAUUAGAAGUGGUAUGUGGACGAAGAUCAAAAGGGAUUAUGGAAGAAAAUAGCUUGGUCGAUAAAGUAUGGAGUUCAUAUGAGAAAGGUACAAUAUUGGAAUGUAUGGAUCAAACACUUGAUGGGAAAUUUGACAAUGUACAAGCUCAAAGGUGUUUUAUCACUGGAUUAGCAUGUUUACAUCCUGACAGAACGCUCCGGCCUAAAAUGAGAAAAGUGGUGCAAGUGUUUAUGAAUCCUGAUGAGCCGUUAAUGAAAUUGCCCGAGUCUCGGCCUAGUCUCGUUUGUGUUUCAUGGCAUUCUCCUACUUGUUCAACAAUAACAACUAGUCUAGAUAACAUGAAGCACAUUCCAGAUGAGGUGACAGUCUCUUAUGAGGAUGCUUCUCAGACAAAGAAACUACAUAUAUAG